CUGGUGUCCAAGUGACGGUUCAACAUGACGUCGUUCCCCGUGAACUGGAACGACACGGUGGUGAAGCCGUUCGACGACUUCCCCCUCCUCAUGCCGAGGUGGGGGUACGUGGCUUCGGCUUUCGUGCUGUUCCUGAUCGGGUUCUUCGGGUUCUUCCUCAAUCUGAUGGUCAUCGUGCUGAUGUAUAAGGAUCGGCAGCUGUGGACACCGCUCAACAUCAUCCUCUUCAACCUGGUGUGCUCAGACUUCUCUGUCUCCGUGCUGGGGAACCCCUUCACCCUCAUCUCCUCGCUCUUCCACCGCUGGGUCUUCGGGCACACCAUGUGUGUUCUCUACGGGUUCUUUAUGGCGUUGCUCGGUAUAGCAUCAAUAACAACCCUCACCGUGCUCUCGUUCGAGCGCUACAUGCUGGUGACUCGGCCCUUCAGCUCCCACCACCUGAGCCCUAAGGGCGCCAUCGUAUCCAUCGUGUUCAUCUGGAGCUACUCGCUGGCGCUCACCACGCCGCCGCUCAUGGGCUGGGGGAACUACGUCAACGAAGCCGCCAAUAUCAGCUGUUCGGUGAACUGGCACGAGCAGAGCAUGAAUACACUGACAUACAUCCUGUUCCUGUUCGCCAUGGGACAGAUAGUUCCCUUCAUCAUCAUCACCUUCAGCUACGUGAACAUCGUCCGGACUCUCAAGAACAACUCGCAGCGGCUCGGCCGCGUAAGCCGCGCGGAGGCCAAGGUCACGGGCAUGGUGUUCGUAAUGAUCAUCUCGUUCACCGUCGCGUGGACACCCUACUCCGUGUUCGCUUUGAUGGAACAGUUCGCUACUAAUGGAAUUAUUUCGCCGGGAGUGGGCGUCAUACCGGCACUCGUCGCUAAAAGUUCCAUUUGCUACGACCCUCUAAUCUACGUCGGAAUGAAUACUCAGUUUCGGCAAUCCAUCAAACGUUUCUUCGGCCAUCAUAGCAAGGGAGGGCUCUCUCAAACAGAAAAAGGAUACGACAAUACUCUAAUGUCCCCCGCCCACAGAAUGUCCUGCCUCAACGAUUCUUCCCGACAAUGCUCAGAGACCAACGUCUCAAUCAUCCUUAAAAAGUCUAAAAAUAAAAAAGUAAUUAUCGCCGAAGAUACCUCAGAAGUCACAAAUAACGGGACCGUAAGGAACUUUCUUAGAGAAACAGAGCUGUGCACGAUUAAAGAAAACAGAACUUCGUCAGAAGCUGAAAGAUCUGUCGAGACUACGCACGAAGACGACAGCAGCAGUAGGAAACAGGAUUACGACGAAUCUUCAAGGCUAUUCGAAGACAGACAGACAACGGGCAAGCUCGACAACGUCACCUACAUGAUGAAAAACGUUUACGGCAAUCUAGCCUUCGAGGAACAUGCUACAGACUCUCCAGACGAUAACAACCUCACUGAGUUCCAAGUCACUAAGAAACCGAAACUGAUCACACAUAGCUAUUCCCUCGACUUCAGCGGCGUUUCUAACCAUAGCAAUAAGAGAAAACUCUCUAUAGAAAGUAAACUAGAGUCACUGAAUCAAUCUAAAACUUUGUUUAAGAAUACUGUAGUAAGCAAGUUCAUCGGUCACAAUCCUAAACUCGGUCAAGAUAACAUCAAGAGCUAUCUGUGUCGUUUCGAUAAAAACGAAAGUGAAAAAGACGAUUUGUAGCUGAAAGGGUAAGGAAGUAAGGACUAGUCUAGUGGAUUCGAAGAAGAAAGUUUUCAAUUAUUUAUAUUUUGUAAUGCGUGAUCGAAGGAGUGUAGUAUAAUUAUAUUUCUGUAAUCCUCUCUUAUUGGAAGGGUUAUUAGGUGCUGUGCCGGUCGGCAGUUUUAAAGAAAAGAGCUAUCGUCAAAUGUCUGUGAUAUAGAUUUGAGUGCCAAACGAAAAUGAACAGGUAUUGAAAAUGUUUGGAAUUCAGUAUUUGGAAAGAUUACAUAACUCAUGAAUUCGAGUAACCAGAACCAGUGUUCAUUCGAACCUACGUGUCUCUGCGAUGAAGAUUACAAGGAAGUUGCCAAUUAUUAUAAUAUAGGAUUAAAAAUUAUUUUUUAACUAGAAUAAGGAUCAUUCCUUGAGUUUGUGUAGUUUGAUAUUCGGAUUUUUAAUACGAUUUUAGCGCUUCGCGAGAAACAACUACGAAAUUUUUAAAUGUAAGUAUAAUUAUAUUUUCUAAAAUUUCGGUGAACUACGAUGAUUGAUGGUUAAUGUUAAUAUUUUGUCGUUUUAAUAAAUUUUAGAUGUCAGACGAACGAGGUCGACCGAGAUAGUAAAUGUACAACGACUAGUUGAUGUUUUUAAAGAAUUCAUAUAUUAUAUUCUGAUUACAUCGUUGGUCCUAAGGUCAAGCCUUGAGGUAACCCACAGACUGGUUUAAAAGGCUAUAUUUACUCCAUUGGGCCAGUAGGGUUCCCUUUAAGGGGGAAUUAAAAAAGGUAUAUAAUUCGUUCAAACCUAAAUAAGCAUGCACGAUUUUAAACGUAUCUCUUAGUAAAGCAAUUACUUGCACAAGUCGAUAAAUCAAAUCAUAACAGGCUGUUGGAAAAGUUGCGUUUAAAAAAUUUAGAUUUUGUAAAAUUUAUGGCCAAUUUGUGUUUGUGUCCGGGGAUGAUAAACGAUUUUAGAGCGGACACCGUGUUUCGUGUUCCGAGAAGCUGUAAUUAUACCGAGCUGCAAAACGCUUGUUACCUACACAGCCUAAUUAAGCAUGACCACACCCAAAAUACAUGGCAUAAAUGCCGUGCAGUGCAGUGUACGAAUACAUAGAUGCAUUAUACUCGUGAAAUUCAAAAUUCUUUUUUCCGGAAAAUUCUUUAGAGAAUCUAAUUGUGUAAACUUAAAUAAAUAGGCUCUAAAAGAGUAUGCUGAAGUAAGGAUCGUCCUUAAUCUAUGUAAAAGUAAUGGUAAGAGUUUUCAUAUAAGGUAAAUGUGGCUAAUUCCGUCAUAGGGACUAUUCCGUCCACGAGAAAAAACCUUUUGCUUUUAAUUGCUGAAACUAAAAGCAAUCGCUGCUUUGGCAAUGAAAUUAUCAAUUUUGUUCGUUGUUUGAGAAAAAAUUGUAUUUGAGCGAGUUGAAAGCCAAAAGAAAAACUAGAAAGUGUCAAGUUAUUUUAUGUGAAUUUUAAAUUAAAUUACCUUUUUUUUAAUUUCGGAAAUUUACGGCAUAAUAUCAAUACCUACCUAUUAGGCACCUCAAAUUUUUUUUGGCUGCUACUUAACUGAUCACCAGAUUUAGUAGAAUUUAAUACCAAAAAAAUAUAUUUUACCACCCUAAAAUAAUGAUUGAUCACCAAAAUUAUAACACCAUUUCAAUGUGAAAUGAUUACCAAUUUUAUUACAUUUUACAUAACCUAACCUAACCUAACUUAAGACGAAAAAUAAAUAAAGAGAAUAAUAAU